AUGGGAACGGAAAACAAGGUCGACGGGCUCGGGAUGAACAUAUUGUACCCACUCAUAAACGGGUCCACUGCAGCCGGCGAGAACAAUCCGGCAGAUACUGGCGGCAGGCUCGCCGGAGCCGGAGACAAUAUUCCCGGAACCCUACCUAACUCCACCACGCUGUCCUGCAGCAGAUCUCCCACCAAAUCGCCAUGGCUUCUCUCGCCGGCGACGAUUUCCCUCUCCUUAGAAGGGCUGGUUCUCUCGAUCGACGCCAGCCUGGCCGCCGGAGAGAGGUUUCCGCCUUCGGAUCGGCCGUUGCCG